GGCAUACCCCGGAAGUGAAGCAGCCAUGUCGCCGAGUGACCUCCGGAGCUGAACUGGGAGCGGGAAGAGGUGGGGUCGGAGCCCCUGAAGCGUGACACAGCCUCCGUGAAGGGGUCAGAAGCCGCUGUCGGUUUUUUGUCCUUCGUCCCUCUUACAGUUUAUCCUUGUCCGUUCAUCCUCCAUGGCAGCGUGGACCCGUGAAGCAGUGCUGAACCUCUAUCGCACUUUGCUGCGUCAGGGGCGUGGUCUGCGCUAUACUGAUCGUGAUUUCUACUUGACCUCGAUCCGGAAAGAGUUCCGCAAGAACCAGUAUCUUGAGCGGCUUGAAGAUAAGGAGAGGCAACUGGAGAAGGGCCAGGCUUUCCUACAUACCAAACUUGGCGGCUUGGUUUAGA